AUGGUUAGUUGCAAUAGUAACAUCGAUGUUAAUCGUUUAAAUGAACAGAUACAAACAUUAUCGCGCCGUGUAGAUCAACUUGAAAGACGGGCCAUGAAGCAAAUUGUCAAGAAAUUGUUAAUACCACCAGAAUUACAAAAAAUUCAGUUACAUGAGCAGAAAAUGCAAUAUCAUAUUGAUCUUUUGAACUACUUGCCACCGAACGAAGAUGUCAAAGCAGUUCUUUUGGCAGUGAAAGUUGUGCAUAGUAACCAUCCCUAUGGACAUGCUUACUUAGGAUUCAGUGCUCAUCAACAACGUUGUCUACCUGAUCAGAAAACUGAUUUUAUCGAACAAACCUAUAAUUGUCACGGUACAGUACAUCAACAAGAACUCAUCGUUCCGUGGAAUAGUAGUAUGACAAAUUUAUCAAUGAAUCUAGUGGUUGAUGUCACGUAUUCAUAUAAUACUGGAAGUUAUCCAGAACAAGGAAAUGUGAAUCAUUUUGAAAUUAAAGUGGCCGGUUACAUUAUUUGA